AUGUUUAAAUCAAUAACUAGAAAUAGUCAACGAAUAAGGAUUAAUUCCAGAUCAAUACAUACAAUUCCAAAAUUAGAACUACAUGAUCAAUGGAAAACCAACGGACUCUCCAACCUUUUUUCAUCUCAAGGUUAUACUGAAUCUUGGAUAAAUUUUCAAAAUUAUUUACUUACCAAUUUAACAUUAUUAACAAAUGGGACAGGAAAUGAAACAAAACAUCCAUUUCAAAUAUUAUUAAACACGGCGAAGCAAAGCACAAAACAACAUAUUUUUCAUUUUGCAAGUAUGGCAUUUAAUAAUCAUUUUUUUUAUCAACAAUUAACCAACCAAGAAAUAGCAAAAGAGACAAAACCAUCAAGAUUCUUAAUGGAGAAAUUAAUACAUCAAGAUAUUGAUUCUUUAGAAAGUUUGAAAUUGAAAAUGAAUAAUAUAAUUAUGAACUCUAAUGGUCAGGGUGUUUUAUUCUUAGUCGAAUCUAAAGAUAAAUCAUUACAAUUUUUAAAUUGCUCUAAUGAUGGUACUCCUUUCUAUUAUGGAAAGAAUCAAAUUUUAGAUUUGAAUGGUGGGAUUGAUGAACAUACUUUUAAACAAUUGGAAAAUUUAAAACAAAGGGUAAAAAAUGGCGAUUCUGAUUUUAAUUUACCUAUUUUGGCUAUUUCUUAUUGGGAUAUUAUGUAUAUUCAUGAUUUUGGAAUUAAUGGUAAAAGUGAAUAUUUAAAUAAAGUUUGGGAUUAUAUAAAUUGGGAUAUUGUAAAUAAAAGAUUAUUCCAAGUGUAA